GCGAGGGCAUUUUCAGGAGGCUCGCCUCCGGUCGCCCGGUGUAACGCCGGUGCUUGGCAGAGAACACCUCACAUCUUCUCCGUCUGCAGUGGCUAUCUGCCUCUGUUACUGCUCUACUGCUCUGCUGCUGUCCUUGCAGACUCCCAAGAUCAGUCACCUCUCCCUCGCAAUGUCUGCUCGCUCCUUCUUCUCCGCCAUCCCUGCGGCCCCCGCGGACCCGGUGUUCGGCAUUGCGCUGGCCUACAAGAAUGACCCGGUCCCGGAGGCCCAGAAGGUCAACCUGGUGGUCGGCGCCUAUCGUGACAGCGCCGGGCUGCCGGUGGUCCUGCCCUCGGUCGAGCGUGCGGCCCGCCUGCUCUCCGAGAGUGAGACCUCCUCGGAUGGCCACCACGAGUAUCUGCCGAUCGAUGGGCUUCCGGCCUUCCGCCAGGGCGCUGCCCAGGUGAUGUUCGGCGACGAGUGCAUGUCCCUGCUGGCCGGGCGUCUCUACACCACCCAAGCCAUCUCCGGCACCGGCGCCCUGCGGGUGUGCCUGGACUUUGUCCGGCGCCAUCUCGGCGAGCGCACCGUCUACUACCCCCAGCAGACGUGGCCCAUUCACCCGAAUGUUUGCGCCGAGGCCGGGCUCCCGGCCAAGGCGUACCGGUAUCUGGCCACCACCGGUGGCACCGUGCGUCUCGAUGCGGAGGCCAUGCUGGCCGAUCUGACCGCCGCCCCCGAGGGGUCGGUCAUCUUGCUUCACGUGUGCGCGCACAACCCCACCGGCGUGGAUCCCACGCCGGCCGAGUGGGAGCGCAUCGCGGAUGUCAUCGCCGAGCGGCGGCUGCUGCCCUUCUUCGACAGUGCUUACCAGGGCUUCGCCACUGGCGACCUGGCGCGUGAUGCUCACGCGGUGCGGGCCUUCGCCCGGCGCGGGCUCGAAAUGUUCGUGGCCCAGUCCUUCGCCAAGAACAUGGGUCUCUAUGGUGAGCGUGUUGGCGCCUUGCAUGUGGUCUCCAACGAUCCGACCGGCCUGGACCACAUGGGGCAGCAGCUCCGUCGGGCCAUCCGCUCGUCCUACUCCAACCCCCCGGCCUAUGGGGCGCGCCUGGCGGCGGCCAUUUUCCAGGACCCGGCGCUGUUUGCCCAGUGGGACGAGGACAUCAAGCUCAUGUCUGGCCGGAUUGCCGGCCUGCGGCAGUCUCUGCGCAGCGCCCUCGAGGCCCGCCAGACCCCUGGUGAUUGGUCGGUCAUCACCUCGCAGAUUGGCAUGUUUGCCUAUCUCGGUCUGUCUGAUGCCCAGUGUGAGGUCAUGAUGAGCAAGCACCACGUCUACAUGGCCAAGAACGGUCGCAUCAGUGUGCCGGGCCUGAACGAGACCAACAUCGCCCAGGUGGCCGACGCCAUCCACGAUGUGGUCACCGCUGCCAGCACUCGCGCCGCUCUCUGAAGCACCGAGAGCCCCCUCCCCCUCCCCCCAGGGAGCCGUGUAUGUGUGGUAGCGUCGUGCUGACGGCAGGUGGCCCGCGCCCGGCAUGCACAGCAUGCCAGGCAGAUUUUUCACAGCCAGCAUCUCCCUCCUCCAAACAGGAGAAUGACAGUCCGGUGUCCCGCCAUCAUAUCAUACCUAGACAGACACACGCCGGCCCUUCCGCCCUCAUCUCCCUGGGCUCCCCUGCCUCCCUUGAAUGCCCGGGCCUCCCUGCCUUUUACCUCAUACUCCUCCUCCUCCUCCUCGCCCCCCUCCCUGUCCUUGAUUUCCCGAUGGUGAGAGACGGAAGGGAAGGCCGCUGCCAUUCUCUGGGCGCGAUCUCCCCUCAGACACGAAUAUACAUAAUUACACCUAAAUGCAUCCCAA